CAGAGAGCGGAAGUGCCCGGAACCCGGAAGUGCGAGCUGGUGCGCAGCUGCAGUCUGGGAGUCUUUGGAGUAAGAAUGGCCUUGGAAGGGAUGAGCAAACGGAAGAGAAAGAGAAGUGUCCAGGAGGGAGAGAAUCCUGACGACGGCGUUCGCGGGAUUCCGCCGGAAGACUACAGGGUUGGACAGGUCGCCAGUAGCUUAUUUCGCGGCGAGCACCAUUCCAGAGGUGGCACCGGUCGGCUGGCGUCCCUCUUCAGUUCUCUGGAGCCCCAGAUUCAACCCGUGUACGUGCCUGUGCCUAAAGAAACCAUCAAAAAAACGAAACGGAAUGAGGAGGAAGAAAGUACAUCCCAGAUUGAAAGACCACUUUCGCAAGAACCUGCAAAAAAAGUGAAAGCGAAGAAGAAACACACUAACGCAGAAAAAAAGUUGGCAGACAGGGAAAGCGCUCUAGCGAGUGCUGAUCUAGAAGAAGAAAUUCACCAGAAACAAGGGCAGAAAAGGAAAAAUUCUCAACCUGGUGUUAAAGUAGCAGAUAGAAAAAUACUUGAUGAUACAGAAGACACAGUUGUCAGUCAAAGAAAGAAAAUUCAAAUCAACCAAGAAGAAGAGAGAUUAAAGAAUGAGAGAACUGUGUUUGUUGGGAAUUUGCCUGUUACAUGUAAUAAGAAGAAGCUGAAGUCGUUUUUUAAAGAGUAUGGACAAAUAGAAUCUGUACGAUUUCGUUCUCUGAUUCCAGCAGAGGGAACGUUAUCCAAAAAGUUGGCAGCAAUAAAACGUAAAAUUCAUCCUGAUCAGAAAAAUAUUAAUGCCUAUGUUGUGUUUAAGGAGGAGAGUGCUGCCAUGCAAGCAUUGAAAAGAAAUGGGGCCCACAUUGCAGAUGGAUUUCGUAUUAGAGUUGAUCGAGCAUCUGAGACCUCAUCUAGAGACAAGAGAUCGGUUUUUGUGGGGAAUCUCCCUUAUAAAGUUGAAGAAUCUGCCAUUGAGAAGCACUUUCUGGACUGUGGAAGUAUCAUGGCCGUGAGGAUUGUGAGAGACAAAAUGACAGGCAUCGGCAAAGGGUUUGGCUAUGUGCUCUUUGAGAAUACAGAUUCUGUUCAUCUUGCUCUGAAAUUAAAUAAUUCUGAACUCAUGGGGAGAAAACUCAGAGUCAUGCGUUCUGUUAAUAAAGAAAAAUUAAAACAACAAAAUUCAAAUCCACGAUUGAAGAAUGUCAGUAAACCUAAGCAGGGACUUAAUUUUACUUCCAAAACUGCAGAAGGACAUUCUAAAAGCUUAUUUAUUGGAGAAAAAGCUGUUCUCCUUAAAACGAAGAAGAAAGGACAGAAGAAAAGUGGACGCCCCAAGAAACAGAGAAAACAGAAAUAACAACCAGGAACUGCUUUUUCUUUUCCUGCUGAGGACUGCUAAUAAAAGUGCUAUUAUCUGCUGAUAGCAUCGUCUGCUA